AGAGUUCAAACCAUACGGAGUACUCCUCUAGGCCACCCACUCCAUACAAGAGAAGAGAUCGCGAUUACUCCGCGUUCAAGUCACUAAGUGUUUCAAUAUCUGUACACUUUUAGACUCUGAUUAUAUUUACGAUCCGACACAUGCCAAAAGGUUGCUUCCUGGACUUCGCAUAGAACAAAUAAUGAUAAUAUUUGGAGUACCAAGGAAAUUCUUUAGAGGAUAACACUACUUUAUAAUAAAGAAGUCGGAGAUGACAUACUCUUAACAAAGUUAUAGUGUACCAUUAGUAACAUCUUGUGUGACAUAACCUUUGACUUACAUUGCACAUUCUAAUUUUAAAGUAUAAAUGCAACGCAGUGUUUAGUAAUGGCGUUGAACGGAACACCUCCACACGUUGUCACUGCUUGGCCAAGGGAUCCAACUGAAGACAUGGGUCCAACGACUCCUACGGCAGCUCAGACUCCAGUCCAAUCGGUGCCUGCAGUUCCAUCAGCAAUUGUGGAAUCCUCAGCGUCAGUGACCCAGUCUGGACCUCCGGCACCCCAGACACAACAAACGACGACGAAUGGUUCUAUGUCAAUCACAAACGGAUCUACAAAUGGUUCAUCAACACCAGAAAAUAAGCAACAACAAAUAGAAUGUGUUGUAUGUGGUGACAAAAGUUCGGGAAAACAUUAUGGACAAUUUACUUGUGAAGGAUGCAAAAGUUUUUUCAAACGAUCCGUUCGGAGAAAUUUGAACUAUACUUGUAGAGGAAGUCGGAACUGUCCUAUUGACCAACACCAUCGAAACCAGUGUCAGUAUUGUCGUCUGAAAAAAUGUCUGAAGUCCGGAAUGAGGAGGGAAGGUAGGUGCCGUUCGACAUCCGACCCAGUCUACUACUCAGUUAUCCCUUACAACAACCAGCCUGGCGCAAUUUAUUCAAAAGCUGUCCAAAGAGGACGAAUACCCCCUACCCAGCAUCCUUUCCCAGGACAAAUGGGAUAUGAGAAUGGUUUUCCACUAAAUGGACAUACUUACCUUUCAAGCUUUAUUUCUAUGCUAUUGAGAGCAGAACCCUAUCCUACGUCUCGAUAUGGCCAAUGUAUGCAACCCAACAAUAUAAUGGGAAUUGAGAAUAUUUGUGAACUUGCAGCCAGACUGCUUUUCAGUGCAGUAGAGUGGGCUCGCAAUAUUCCAUUUUUUCCCGACUUGCAGAUUACAGAUCAAGUAGCUCUACUCCGUCUAAGUUGGAGCGAACUAUUUGUAUUAAAUGCGGCACAGUGCUCUAUGCCUUUGCACGUGGCACCGUUGUUAGCCGCAGCAGGACUUCAUGCCAGUCCUAUGGCUGCAGACAGAGUUGUAGCUUUCAUGGACCACAUAAGAAUCUUUCAAGAGCAAGUGGAAAAAUUAAAAGCCCUACACGUUGAUUCAGCCGAGUACAGCUGUUUGAAAGCAAUAGUCCUUUUUAGUUCAGAUCGAAAACCCGAGUCAGUUCCGUCCCAAAGGCACUCUAUGAAUGGUUACAAUACCUGCGGACUAACUGAUAUGAACCACGUUGACAGUAUUCAAGAGAAAUCACAGUGUGCCCUAGAGGAAUAUGUUCGGAGUCAGUACCCAAACCAACCAACCAGAUUUGGUAAACUACUCCUCCGACUUCCGUCUCUAAGGACUGUCAGUUCACAAGUAAUUGAGCAGUUAUUUUUUGUUAGAUUAGUUGGGAAGACACCAAUAGAGACAUUAAUCAGAGACAUGCUUCUAAGUGGAGGCUCAUUCAACUGGCCAUAUAUGCCGCUCCAAUGACUAUAAAAGAUUAAUAUGUUGUCGAUUGUGAACCAUGGAUGUAUGAUUUAAUUGUCAAGGGUAUUUCAAACCCACUGCAAUUUUUUUACACAAAAUAUAAUGAUUAUCAAUUAAAUUAUAAUUGAACAUCUAUAUAUCUUUUAAAUGUAAAUUCUCCGAGCUUAGGCAAAUGUCCAUAAAGUUUUCUCAGUAGUAAGAUUAAAGAAAUCACACCCAUUCCCAAAAAUGUCGUAUUUUCAUGGUUCAGAAUAGCAACAAAUAAAAACUCAACCUAGUCUUUCUGUCAAACGAAAUGUUGUUACAAAUUUUGAGUUGUUGAUUAAUAUAAUCUUUUUUUUAAAGUUCAACAUACUUUAGAUUAUUGUUGAUUUUUUUUUUGGUUUUGUAUAAGAUAAUUUUGUGUUUUUAUUUUACAUUAAUGCAUAAUGAAGAACUUUAUUCCAAAUACGCAUAUAUAAGGCAUAUUGUGUUGCUAACAUGGACUUCAAUGAUGGCAACCUUUGUGAAAUGGGCAGCAAAAGUGCUUCCUAAUAAUUGCUUUUGUUUACUAGCAGUAUCCAUUUGCAGAAGAUGAUUUGUUUUGCUAUAUCAUUUAUUUUGUUUGAAUAUCAUUUUAUAUUUACCUUUUAGUGCUAUCAUAAUAACAUUAUUUAACCGAGAACUACGCACAAGUUCUAAAAUCUGAGUGUUAACAUUGCAGGGCAGCUUACAAACAAUGUAAACCGUUGCAAAAUGCAUAUUCAUUUUUACAAAGCAUUGUAAUCAUUCAUUUAUACAUUUAGGUUGUAAACCAGAAUCUAGUUUGUUGAAAUGCAAGUUUAAUUUAUCCGUAUAAAAUAUGGUUUCUUACAGUUAAAGUCUCUCUAGAAAUAUGGUUAAUUAAUACAGCUAAAACAGUUAAUGUACCUCUAGAAAAAAAAAGAAAGAAAAAGAAAAGCAUUAUGCAGAAAGAACAAACAAUUCAUAAUUCAAGAAUGAAAAUGACUAAUGUUUAGUCUUAAGAAUAUAAAUGAUUAUUCUCAAAAGAACAUGCAAUUCACUAUAUAUACAUAUACCCAUCAUGUAAAGGUGUUGUAUAACUGGCGGAAGAAUUCUAUUACGCGGUUUCGCGGAAGCGGUAUUUUUAAAUUUAUCUGCAUUUCAAACAAGCUAGAAUCAAAAGACUGUUUGGAUCGUAGUCAAUUCCAGGUUAGUGUGUUGCGAUGCAGUCACCCCCAGUCAUUUAUAGUGUUGUAGAUAUUUUCUUUGCGGCAAAAAUAUGAGACGAGAAAUUAAACAAGCCGUGUUUUGUAUUAAUGUAUGUCUUUGUGUUUUGUUUUGUUAUUUUUGGUUCAAAACCAGUUUUUAUUUGUACAUUUACUCAGUAAACAGUUUAAGAGGAGUAUGUUAGUGUUUACUUAGUGAACAUAUUGUACACAGUCACUAUAUAGAGAGAAAUAAAGUUGCUCCGACAAGGUAGUUUAAAACAUGCAUUCCAAGAACUUAUAUAUAAAAAGUACAGCUCUAAGCUGUUGAAGUUGUGUUCACCAGAUAAGAUUAAACCAAAGUGGUUAUCUCCCUUGUUUAGGCAAUGACUAUGUUACGUGUUUUGCUAUGUGUGACAUUAUUGUCAAGUUAUCUGUGUUGUGUAGGUGUCUCAGACACCACAAUUUAUCCAUUGCUUAAAAUUUAAUUAAAGUGUUGUAAACAUA